AUGCUGCUUUGGAUUCUGUUGCUGGAGACGUCUCUUUGUUUUGCCGCUGGAAACAUUACAGGGGAUGUUUGCAAAGAGAAGAUCUGUUCCUGCAACGAGAUAGAAGGGGACCUGCACGUAGACUGUGAGAAAAAGGGUUUUACAAGUCUGCAGCAUUUCACUGCCCCCACUUCGCAGUUUUACCAUUUAUUUCUGCAUGGAAAUUCUCUCACCCGACUUUUUCCUAAUGAGUUCGCUAACUUUUAUAAUGCGGUUAGUUUGCACAUGGAAAACAACGGCUUGCAUGAAAUCGUUCCCGGGGCUUUUCUGGGGCUGCAGCUGGUGAAGAGACUUCACAUCAAUAACAACAAGAUUAAAUCUUUCCGAGAACAGACUUUCCUGGGGUUGGACGAUCUGGAAUACCUCCAGGCUGAUUUUAAUUUAUUAAGAGAUAUUGACCCAGGAGCAUUUCGGGACUUAAACAAGCUGGAGGUACUCAUUUUAAAUGACAACCUCAUCAGCACCUUACCUGCCAACGUAUUCCAAUAUGUUCCCAUCACCCACCUCGACCUUCGGGGAAACAGACUUAAAACAUUGCCUUAUGAGGAGGUCUUGGAGCAGAUCCCAGGCAUUGCUGAAAUCCUGCUAGAGGAUAACCCCUGGGACUGCACUUGUGAUCUGUUGUCUCUGAAGGAAUGGCUAGAGAACAUCCCCAAAAACGCACUUAUUGGGCGUGUGGUCUGCGAAGCCCCUACUAGACUUCAGGGUAAAGAUCUUAAUGAGACCUCAGAACAAGAUCUGUGUCCUUUGAAAAACCGAGUGGAUUCUAGUCUCGCUGCCCCCCCUGCCCAGGAGGAGACCUGUGCUCCUGGCCCCAUUCCAACACCCUUUAAGAUUAACGGCCAAGAAGAUCCUGCCACUCCAGGGGCUGCUCCAAAUGGAGGUACAAAGAUUCCAGUCAACUGGCAAAUCAAGAUCAGACCUACUGCGGCGGUAUCAGCAAUCAAUGCCAAAAACAAACCUUCGGGCAGAAGUAUGCCCUGUCCAGAAAUAUGUAGCUGUGACCAGAUCCCAGAUUCAGGUCUAAAGGUGAAUUGCAAUGAUCGAAACGUGAGCAGUUUGGCUGACUUGAAACCCAAGCCCUCCAACGUGCAAGAGCUAUUUUUGAGAGACAACAAGAUCCACACCAUUAGAAAAGCUCACUUUCUGGAUUAUCGUAAUCUGAAUCUGUUGGAUCUAGGGAACAAUAAUAUUGCAACUGUGGAAAACAACACCUUCAAGAAUCUUUUGGACCUGAGAUGGCUAUACAUGGAUAGCAACUAUCUGGACACCCUGUCCCGAGAGAAAUUCACCGGGCUGCUGAAUCUGGAGUACCUGAAUGUGGAGUUUAAUGAGAUCCAGCUUAUCCUCCCGGGUACCUUCAAUGCUAUGCCCAAACUGAGGAUACUCAUUCUCAACAACAACUUGCUGAGAUCCCUACCUGUCGAUGUGUUUGCUGGGGUCUCGCUCUCUAAGCUAAGUCUCCACAAUAACUAUUUCCUCUACCUCCCAGUAGCGGGGGUAUUGGAUCAGUUAACCUCCAUCAUACAGAUAGAUCUGCACGGCAACCCUUGGGAGUGCUCUUGCACGAUUGUGCCUUUCAAACAAUGGGCAGAGCGCCUGGGUCCUGAGGUGAUCAUGAGCGAUCUGAAGUGCGAGUCCCCAGAAGACUUCUUUAAAGCAGAUUUCAUGUUCCUCUCCAAUGACGUGAUGUGCCCCCAGCUGUAUGCAAAGAUCUCGCCUACGUUAACUUCACACAGUAAAAACAGCACUGGGUUGGCGGAGACAGGGACUCAUUCCAAUUCCUACCUAGAGACCAGCAGGGUCUCUAUUUCGGUGCUGGUCCCGGGACUCCUGUUGGUGUUUGUCACUUCUGCCUUCACAGUGGUUGGCAUGCUAGUGUUUAUCCUGAGGAACCGAAAGCGGUCAAAGAGAAGGGAUGCCAACUCAUCUGCAUCUGAAAUCAAUUCCUUACAGACAGUCUGUGAUUCUUCUUACUGGCACAACGGACCUUACAAUGCAGAUGGAGCCCAUAGAGUUUAUGACUGUGGCUCUCACUCUCUAUCAGACUAA